ACCUCUGACGCCGAGGGAGAAAGAGGAGCUCGACGAGGUGACCAUCGAGGAGGAGGUGGUGCGCCGCAUGAGGAUAGCAGAGGGAAGAAGGCCCAAGCCGUCCAGGCACGAUCUCGCUUUGACUGAUGCGUGCCUAGGAGCCAUCAUCAUGGAGGAACAACAAACUUCGCUUGCUACCAUUAAGAUAUUUCAGCUCAGUGUGGACUGUACACCACAAGAGUUCUCAGCUUUCCUAGACCUGAGGAGAGGUUACUGUCGUCAUGUCGCAGCAUAUCAAUUUUUCAACCGGGUUGUGGUGACUCCGCCUAUGACCACGUCCACAUUCAACAUGGUGGAGUUGAUGGAUUCCACAAAGAAUCCUCCAGAGUCCAUGGUUCAACUCAUCUUCCCUGACAACAGCUUCUACUUUGAGCUGUUUCGGGCAACACCACCUGGAGAUCGAUAUGGAGAAGGAGGAUUCCUUAGGUUCAACAAAGUUAAAACGAAAUUCCCUAAGUAUUUUGGAAGCAUUCAUCCACUGCUACAUUACUCAGAGAAAUAUGAUUCAGUGGAGGCUAUCUCAAUAUUCAAAGGUGUCAUUAGGGUGAUGGCAGAGAAACUGCAAACAUUCAAUAGCAAAAGCGCGAGGACUUUCGAUAAAAACCUUGUUGUCUUUACUCAGACGCCAUUUUUCCUCUUCGGGGAAUGCCAAAGGUUCCUUGAAGCGGAAGAGUUUACUGUUGAGAACCUUGAUAGCAUGUUCCCAGUAUUCCUUACAGUAAGACAUGAGAACUUCAUACACAUCUGGUCGAGGCUGUCAAAGCUAGGUUUCGCUUUUAUCGUUGCUAUACUAGAGUUUGACAAGAACAUCCAUAACCGCCGAUUUAGCUUUGAAGAAGCUGUAAAACUACUGCGCGAAAUCUUGAAGGAUUACGAGGGAAAACUGGAGCUGAACUUCCGUGCAGACGAUGGUCACUUCAGCCUGAGAAGGAUACUGGGGCACUACCUUAAACUACUGAAGUUUGAACAGGAGUAUGUGAUCAAGAUGAUCAUGAGAAGCCGCCAUGAUGUCUGGUCUUCUUAUCUUGAGCGCAGAUCCAAUGAGGAAGCCAGAAUGCAGCAAGAGAGGGAGACAGCUGCAUGGACCAAACCUGAGGAUGGAGAGAUCUGGAAGCACUGGACGGAAAUUCAGGCAAGAGGGGACAAAGUCAUGGACGUUCUGAUGAACUAAUAUGCACCAAUGGAAAGUUCUCCCUACUUCAUCAUUUGGGAGGAGGUUCUUCUUUUGCCAAGUUGGCAUGAUCUGUAUUGUCUGUCUGCCGAUACACUGUGGCGGUGCUCAACUUUGCAUCCGUUUUGCUGAGCCUGUAGAAGUUCCCUUGGCUUAGAUGAUUGGCUACUUUAUGAGCAUUGCAUCUAUUUUUUUCUCCGAGGCAAACUUUGAUGACGUUUCUCUUUGUAUAUUUAUAUACCUAGUGAGUGCAAGUAAACUCAGACUUCAUAUGUGUAUAUAUAUUCAGCACGCUUCUGUC